AUGGUGGCCUCCAGCCGAGAGCAACGUGGUCUCCCCUCCACCUCCGCUGGCGCGUACACGCAGGAGCUGCUGGACACGGAAGACGCUGAUGCGCGGUGUGCUGUUGAUGCUGCUUCGCGUCCUCCAUGGUGUGCGGCUGUUUUCUGUGGGCACGAGGAGAGGGCAGGGCCUAGUGGCCUAUGGUCUAUUUUCCAAAAAAGAGAAACCUUUAAUGAGAAGGUAUCUGGUGGACCUGAUGUCAAAAUCAUAUCCUUGGAGUUGUGGGUGAUACUGAGAGAUGGGCUUGUGAUGUGGACCAGUACCUGGAGUGACUGGAUGUGCAAAGGGCUGAGGAAUUUAAACUUAAGGCGAAUGAUGCCUUCAAGGGGUUAUUAUAGACGUGGCGCAGCAUAUCUUGCCAUGGGAAAGUUCAAGGAAGCCCUGAAGGAUUUUCAGCAGGUUAAAAAAAUCUGUCCGAAUGAUCCAGACGCUACAAGAAAGUUGAAAGAGUGUGAGAAAGCUGUCCAAAAAAUACGUUUUGAAGAAGCAAUUUGUGUUGGAGAUGCUGAGAGGCGCUCCGUGGCAGACUCUAUCGACUACCAUAUCAUAGAAGUAGAGCCACAUUAUGCGGGACCAAGAAUUGAUGGGGAAGAAAUAACGAUAGAUUUUGUCAAAGCAAUGUUGGAUGAAUUUAAGAAGCAGAAAUGCAUACAUAAAAGAUAUGCUUAUCAGAUUGUGCUAAAAACCUUGGAUUUGCUGCGUUCGAUGCCUUCCCUUGUUGAUGUGGAUGUUCCAAACGGUGGGCAUUUUACAGUUUGCGGUGAUGUGCAUGGCCAGUACUUUGAUUUGCUCAACAUAUUUGACCUCAAUGGGCUUCCCUCAGAAGAAAAUCCUUACCUCUUCAAUGGUGAUUUUGUGGACAGAGGAUCUUUCUCUGUUGAAGUCAUACUCACCCUUUUUGCUUUCAAGUGCCUCUAUCCAAAAGCUAUGUACCUUGCAAGAGGAAAUCAUGAAAGCAAGAGCAUGAACAAAAUAUAUGGCUUUGAGGGGGAAGUGAGGUCAAAGCUGGGCGAAAAGUUUGUUGAACUUUUUGCUGAAGUCUUUUGUUGGUUACCUCUUGCGCAUGUCAUAAACAACAAGGUCUUUGUGGUUCAUGGAGGGCUAUUUAGUGUUGAUGGGGUGAAACUUUCAGACAUCAGGUCCAUUGAUCGUUUCUGUGAACCACCUGAAGAAGGUCUAAUGUGUGAACUACUAUGGAGUGACCCUCAGCCUCAGCUUGGAAGAGGUCCAAGCAAACGUGGUGUUGCUCUUUCCUUUGGUGCAGAUGUGACUAAGAAGUUUUUACAGGAAAAUAACCUGGAUCUUAUUGUCCGGUCCCAUGAAGUAAAGGAUGAAGGCUAUGAAAUUGAACAUGAUGGGAAGCUUAUAACAGUCUUCUCUGCGCCUAAUUACUGUGACCAGAUGGGCAACAAGGGUGCAUUUAUUCGCUUCACAGCUCCAGAAAUGAAACCAGAUAUUGUUACUUUCUCAGCUGUGCCACACCCUGAUGUGAGGCCGAUGGCGUAUGCAAAUAACUUCCUCAGGAUGUUUCAAUGA